GUCGUUUAUAAGUGUCUACGUUGGAUGCUACAGUCGAUAAUUUCUAUAAAGCGUUAGCCCUUCGGGGCAAGAAAUAGCGUCACAGGAAAGGCUUCUCUGUUCAAUUUGCAUGUGGGGCGUGCGCCGGACUUAUACUAAAGCAAGCACCAUGUCGGCUGAACGGAACAUGGAGGAGGGCAAGCCCCUGCUGGAGCAGAAGCCGUCGACAACCUCCAUUCAUCCUCCACCAAGACACAUCUUAGGGCUUCCAGCCGUGCUGGUUGCGGGUCUAUGUUACUGCUGCGCCUCUGGGUCCAUGGUUCUUCUCAACAAGCAUGCUCUGGCGUCGUUUGGGUUCACCGCGCCCACCGCGCUUCUGUGCUUCCAGUGCGCCCUCGCAGCCGCCCUGGUGAAGUUUUGUGAGCUGUGCGGAUUGGUUAAGCUGCAGCCCCUCAAGUGGGAUCUCGUGUCUGUAUGGUUUCCCGUGAACCUCAUCUUCGUCGGCAUGAUCGGGACGAGUUUUUAUGCGCUCAAGGAGGUCGGCGUCGGCAUGGUCACCGUCUGGAAGAAUCUGAGCAACGUCGUGACAGCUAUGGGUGACGUCUUCAUCUACAAGCGCAGCUACACGUGGCCUGUCUGGGGAUGCCUGGGGCUCAUGCUGGUGUCUGCAGUCGCCGGAGCCUCAACGGACGUCCGCUUCAGCUGGUCGGGAUACUCGUGGCAGAUCGCCAAUUGCGUCUUCACGUCGGCGUACGCCCUCUACCUUCGCAGUGUUAUGGACAAGGUGUCAGAGCACACUACGGAUAAGCAAAAGAUGAGCGAGUUCAGCAUGGUUUACUACAACAACCUGCUCUCCAUUCCGCCCAUCCUCUGCAUGAUGUGGUACUUCGGCGAGUUCGAGGGCCUUACGUCCCAACCCGCCCUCCAAAAUACUGCCUUCCUCAUCGUUUCCGCUAUGGGUGGCAUCAUUGGCUUUGCUAUCUCCUUCAGCAGCCUCUGGUAUCUCUCGCAGACGACGGCCACCAUUUACAGCCUGGUGGGCGCGCUUAACAAGAUCCCCGUGGCGAUCGUGGGCCUGGUGGCAUUUGCCGAGCCAACCAACCCUAAGAAUCUCAUGAGCAUUGUCAUUGGUCUGGGGGCGGGUGUGCUGUUCACGCGGGUUAAGAGCAAGUAGGGCUUCCGUAGAGAUAGUUAGGUCCUGCACUUCUUAGACAUUGGGCGACUCCACAGCAGUCAACGUCUGCUGGCAUUAUGCAAGGAGUUCGUAUAGUAAGUUGGUGGACCCCACAACUAAAGAGCUUGACAUGGGGUGGAUGACGAAGCUGGCUAUCAAAGGCAGGGCUCGGAGGUUUCAUGAUUCUUGUGCAGGCUGAUAGGCAGACGUAACCCAUCAUGACCAGACAGAAUAGCUGAACUCUGGGCAACUUCGUAACUAGGACGGAUUAAUUAGGACCGCUUUAACGGCGUAGACGGUGCGACGGUGCGCUGCAAUGUUUAUUAAUGGAAAUGCGGCAUUAUGAAGUAUGAGUGCAGCAGGGGAGUAGCUUCAUCAUACUUUCGUAUGUGUGCUGUAGUCUGUGUGCCAUGCGGCUGUCGCUAUGCUUGAAAGUGGACAUAUUCUUUACACGACGUGGAGGACUGGUUUUGGUUUUAAGACGUACAGCAAUAGGCUUUAAUUGCACGGAGUGGACUACCAUUCUUUCGAUAUGUUUCUUGGCGGCUGGAACUGCCUAUGUAAGGAAUUCAGGACGUGCUCAAACACUGCGCUGUGGCC